GUAAGCAGCUGGCGUAGUAGGGGAGCGAGAGGUGGAGAGCCACUGUACAGGGAAGAAAAGAGAAGGGUGGAGAGAGAAUAGCCUCUUCUGUAAAAUAAGCUUCAAUGAGAGAGAGAGAAAGCGAGGGAGGGUCACUGUACAGAGAAAAAGAGGGAGUGCAAGUGAUGCAGAGCAGCACCGUGGGGACCCUGAGGUAAACUGCCGGUGAGGAAAUAUUAAUGACCCUUACAGCGCUCACUGUGCAGCGUCCCACUGGUGAUCGGAGCCUAGGCGCCGGAGAAGCCCUGAGAAAGGUGUCACAUUAAGAGCAGCCCUGGGGUGCUCUCCACAAAGCGCUCCCGCUCCCGCCACCAACACAACCACUCUCACACUUAGACCAGGGGCACGCCGGGGAACGUAGCCACACAGUGGACUGGAGGACAGAAGAGGAGAGCCCGGAGAGCGGAACAAGAAGGAUUACACCCCGAAGAAGAGUCCAUUCCCCUCGCGACCCCUGACCCCCUGUGCCAACAUGAGCAGCUGCAGGAAGAGGUGCAAGAGGGAGAUGUUUAAAUUCGCUCAGUACCUGUAUAGACUUGUCACGGGCACGCUUCAUGCAGACAGCGUGGAAGAUGAGUUGGAGCUGUCGGCCGUCCGCCAUCGCCCCGAGGGUCUGGAGCAACUGGAGGCUUUGACCCGCUUCAACCGCAAGGAGCUGCAGAUCCUCUACCGAGGCUUCAAGAACGAGUGCCCUAGUGGUGUGGUCAACGAAGACACCUUCAAAGACAUCUACUCCCAGUUCUUUCCACAGGGAGACGCUUCGACAUAUGCACAUUUUCUGUUCAACGCGUUUGACACGGAUAAAGAUGGAUCUGUGAGUUUUGAGGACUUUGUCAUGGGCCUCUCUAUCCUGCUCCGAGGCUCAGUCCAGGAGAAGCUCAACUGGGCCUUUAAUCUGUAUGAUAUUAAUAAGGAUGGCUAUAUUACUAAGGAGGAAAUGCUUGACAUCAUGAAGGCCAUCUAUGACAUGAUGGGGAAAUGCACAUAUCCCCUACUCAAAGACGAUACGCCUCGGCAACACGUGGAGAUAUUUUUUCAGAAGAUGGAUAAAAACAAGGAUGGAGUUGUAACCAUAGAUGAGUUUAUUGACUGCUGCCAAAAUGAUGAGAACAUCAUGAGAUCGAUGCAGCUCUUUGAUAACGUCAUUUAACUUGUGGCUGACGUGGAGAGCUCUGGACCGGACUAUCGACAGACGCUAUUCUAUCAACUGUACGCUGUUCAGACAAACAUAAGGAAGUAUUGUCACACGGAAAACACAGUAUAGAUGUAACGGUAUGAAACAUUCUGGAAUAACUGCAAAAAAAGCAUUGAUGUUUUCCAAUCUUACCUUUUUCAAUUUGAGUUUUGUGGUUUGAUUGAGUAAAUUGAACUCUUCAAACCUGUGUACAAAGAUCUUAACAGCUGCGCCGCAGUCAGUAUUUAUCUGCAGUACAGGAAACCCAGCUGUGUUAAAUUGUGCCACUGCCUUUGAACAGAUGGACAACAAUGAGUUUGAAAGGUGAACGGGUUUCCACCCACCAUGGUCCAUCCUUUGCUCUCCCAGGACCCAGAUAAAAUAUUGUACAAUUUCAAAAAUAUAUAUGUAUAUACUAUCUGAGGACUGUUCAACUUUGUUCAUGUUUACUUGCCAACUAGAAUGAGACGAUGCACUCCACAUUGCAUUUGAUGAGUCUGGACAGUAUCCAGACUCAUUGAUGAGUCUGAAAAGUAUCCUUAGAAGCACACAGGUUGGUGUUACUUACCUUGGGUCUACGCAUAGAAGAAAUGACCAUCUUGUCACAAGAUUAUGCUGCUUCUAAAUGUAUUUUGUGACCCUACAUUUCCCUGUUUUGAGAUGUUUCCUGUCGACAUGUUUCCAUUCAUGUUUCAAAUCACUAUUUUGUGGUAUGUUUGAUUUUAUUUAUAUAAUAUGGUAGUCAGUGUACAAAGGGAUAGUCAGAUGUUCAGUAUUAAGCAGAAGCUAACUCUUGGGGUGAAUUUACGGUCUUCUUGGGUAUGUAAUGUAUAUUGAUCACUGUCUUAUAAAGAGGAUCACUGGGAUGAAGUUAUACAAGCAAAUCUGAUCUGUCACCUUUAGUUCUGUAAAUACAUAUCCCUGUCCAGAAACAACCCCUAGCCCCAACUUUCCAGGCGAUUGCAGAGAUAUGGGAGGAUUGGACAGGUGUAAUCAAUAUGGCGAUAAUUCCACUCGGCCUGUCAGAAGGCAAGGUGGAGUUAUAACCUACUUCACUUUGUAUCUAUCCAUACCUUUCAAGCCUUGUUUACACUGCAGGCCUCCACACUGCUCAAAUCAGUUUUGUUUUUAAAAUCCAUUUUGGAAUAUUGACUGUCUAAACAGUAGGUUACAAGUGACCAAAUCGGAUUUGUGUGUUCAGACAGCAGUCAUUUGCUGGUUGUCAUAGUAAUGACGGGUGUGUGCACAGUGGUGUAGGCUGAUUGGUGGUGCUCGUGCUUCUCAGAAGUUAUGUGGCAAGUUAAGGGGACAACAAUGUCUGCCAUGGAAGUUUCCCAGUUGCUUUGAAUGUUCAAACACUUUUAAGGAUAAGAUGAUCCAAGGAUAAGAUUAUCCAACUUUCAAAACAAGUGGUAGCUGUUUAGCUUUCACUAAUGUGUUUAAACAAACUAGUUACCUACUACAUGUUCUUGUCAAACUGGCAACAAGCUAGCAAGCAACAAUAUAUGCCAACUAAGUCUAAAAACCACACGAGGGAAAUCAGAUUUGACCAUUCAACCCAAUUAGAAUGGCCAGGAAUCAAACCACCUACAAGUUAAUUAAGGGUCUAGAUUUUAUUGCUUGGAUAGAGGUUGCUUCUGGCUGAGGUCUGUGUUUUCUUUCCUCUUGUUUGGGGCAUGUGUCCAGGUUCUUUGCAUAAUGAAGACUGAUUGGCCGUGGCUGUCUCUGAUUAGAGCCCUGAUAGGCCCCAAAUGUGGGCAGGCACAGAGCAUGCUGGGCAGCAGAUGGGGCCUCACCCUCCCCAAUCUCACUCACAGGUGGUUCCAAAAACCCUACUAUUUAGUCCUCCUCUAUCUAAAAGGUUGGUAUGAGCAAGGUAGUAUCUGCACAAUUCAUUUUUCUUGCCUUAAUUGGCAAUUCCUUAUGUAUCCAUUGGAAUAUGUUCUGAUGUCCUUAUGAUUAAGCAAAGUCUAGGACAAUAACUUGAUCUUAUUUGACAAUGAUUUUGUUCAACUGGCUAAUUAUCUCCUAAACAUAUGGGUCAAGUUAAGUAGGGCAUAGAAAAGCCUGCAAUGAAAAUGUUAUAUUUGGACAAGUUCAGGUAUAGCUUCUACAAAUCCAAGAGUGAAAGACUCCUCUCUCUCGUCUCUAACAUGAAGGCUCACUUUUUGUGAACAGUCCCAUCACAAGUCAGAAUGUUGAAUAAACUUCAUUUGAACGUA